AUGCCAACCCGUCCAUGGGAGGAUGUUAGCAUAGACUUCGUUUUGGGACUCCCGCACAUUACACGACGACACAACUCAAUCAUGGUGGUCGUCAAUAGGUUUUCAAAGAUGGCACACUUCAUGCCAUGUUCGAAAACCUCCGACACCUCCAAGGUCACUAGCCUCUACUUUAGAGAGAUUGUGCGCCUUCAUGGACUACCCAAGUCCAUAGUCUCAGAUCGUGACGUCUGAUUUAUCAGCCACUUCUGAAGGACUCUUUGGAGCUUACUUGGGACUAAGCUCAAGUUCUCUACUGCUUACCACCCACAGAUUGACGGCCAGACCAAAGUUGUCAAUCGUAACUUAGGGAAUCUACUUCGGUCAUUAGUCGGCGAGAGCUUGACCACUUGGGAUCUAAUCAUACCAUGCGCCGAGUUUGCCUAUAACUCUUCGACCAAUCGUACCACUAGCAUGAGCCCCUUCGAGAUCGCACACAGCUUAGCACCCCACAAGCCCCUAGAUCUAAUACCCCUAGACCCUCAUAUUAGAGUUUCCAAGGAUUAG